ACAAACCGGAAAUACAAUCAUCACAUUUAAAAGCAUAGUGGUUCUAAAAAAAAUGCUCAACAAAUGAUAGCAUGUUCUAACUUGUCCGUUGAUCAUGUGUUUCCUCAUAGUGUGAUUAAAAAUACCCAAUCUCUUAUAAUAGGAACAAAACGCUUAAAAAAAAAAAACGAAUAUACCGGAAGUGGCCACCUUGAACAACACCUCGACGACAAGCUUCUACUUGAUGAACGAUUCCUUUUGGCCAACCCAAAUAAUUUUCUACAACCUGCAGGGCUUGUCUUCUCUUUGAAGUGAACAUUGUCCACCCAACGCAAAGAUGACACAAGAAAACAUAUUCCUCUUUGUUCCCAAUUUGAUCGGCUACGCACGCAUCAUCUUGGCGCUGCUCUCCUUCUUGCUGAUGCCUUGCUGUCCGUGGUCCGCCUGCUUCUGUUACAUGUUGAGUGCGCUACUGGACGCCUUCGACGGCCACGCCGCCAGGGCGCUCAACCAAUCUACCCGAUUUGGCGCCAUGUUGGACAUGCUGACAGACCGCUGCGCCACGAUGUGUCUGCUGGUCAACCUGUCGCUGCUGUACCCUGCCUACACCUUCCUCUUCCAGCUCAGCAUGUGUCUGGACAUCUCCAGCCACUGGCUGCACCUGCACAGCUCCACCAUCAAAGGCUCAGCCAGUCACAAGAGCAUCGACCUUUCCGGCAAUCCCAUCCUGCACCUUUACUACACCAACAAGGUGGUUCUCUUUUUCAUGUGUCUGGGCAACGAGCUUUUCUUCUGUCUGCUCUACGCCCUCCAUCAUGUCCAGCAACCUGAAGCAUGGCUGUACUGGCUGCUGGGACUCAGCGGAGUGGUGUGCGUGCUCAAGUCGGCGGUCAGUGUGGUGCACCUCAUUACCUCCUCCCAGAACAUGGCCGCCUUGGAUGCCGCAGAGCGCGAGAUAGCCAGGAAGACGCAGUGAGAGCGUCAAAGACGUCUUUUGUCUGCUUUCAGUAUUGUUGACUCGCGCAGGUUUAUGUGUGACUUCUUUUGGUAAUAAGCCUUUAUUAAUUAUUUAUUCUUCUGGGGACCUCGAGGCAACUCAUGUUUUCUGCACACAUUUUAGCAACAAACUGACUUAGCUUAGCAUUGAUGGGUGGAAUUAUCUUUUAUGUUUUGAAAAAAGACCUUCAUGUAAAAAGGUUUUCCAUCAUGUGUGCUAAAUUGUGUUGAACUGUAUCUUUUCUACACUUGUGCUGCUCUAGUUGAUCUAGAAUGGGUGAUGUUAUAUUUGCAGAAUGUAUUUUUCGAGAACAUCAGUAUACACAAGUUUUAACUCAGCAACAGUCGUCCCCCGUUUAUUGCGGUUAAUUGGUUCCCAGCCUGACCGCCGAAACGGAUAUUUGCAAAGUAGGAUUAUUAUUGAUGAACUGAAUAUUUUCAGAAUUACACCAUUAUUAGAGUCCUGUAAACAUAUCAGUCAUAUAGUCCCAUUUUCACCCAAUAUAGUAGCCUUGAGUGUGUUCUACUGUACAUUACAGUACUCACAGUAAGCUUAAUUUCUAUGGUUGUCACCUGUCACUACAACACAACCACUACCUGGAAAUACUUUAUCAUGUCCUGGUUAAUUCCUUUAAGUUAGAACAUGUGCUGAAACCACAGGGGUAAAAUGUUCUGCAAAAGUUGGUCAACUUGACAGUCACAGCUGUGACCAUGAGCUGUGUUGUUAGCAUUCUGUGUUGUUAGCAUUCCGUGUGGUACAUUUUGAAGAUGAAGUGUAUCAAGAGUUCAUCUUCACUUAGCAUCACCAACAGCUGCUGAUAGCCGAUAGCAGUCUUGUUAGCAUUAAAGGCCUGCUGAAAUGAGAUUUUCUUAUUCAAACGGGGAUAGCAGGUCCAUUCUAUGUGUCAUACUUGAUCAUUUCACGAUAUUGCCAUAUUUUUGCUGAAAGGAUUUAGUAGAAAACAUCCACGAUAAAGUUCGCAACUUUCGGUCGCUAAUAAAAAAGCCUUGCCUUUACCGGAGUAGCAGACGAUGUGCGCGUGAUGUCACGGGUUGUAGAGCUCCUCACAUCCUCAUUGUUUACAAUCUUAGCCACCAGCAGUGAGAGCUAUUCGUACAGAGAAAGCGACAAUUCCCCCAAUAAUUUGAGUGAGGAUGAAAGAUUCGUGGAUGACGAAAUUUAGAGUGAAGGACUAGGAGAAAAAAAGGCGAUUGCAGUGGGAGCGAUUCAGAUGUUAGUAGAUCGCAUUUACUAGGAUAAUUCUGGAAAAUCCCUUAUCUGCCUAUUGUGUUGCUAGUGUUUUAGUGAGAUUAAAUAGUACCUGAAAGUCAGAGGGGUGUGGCCAUGGGUGUGUUGACCGCCAGUGUCUCUGAGGGAAGAUGCAGCUGCAGCAGGACGGAAGCUUCGCUGAUGUCUCCGGUAAGAGCUGACUUAUUACCACAAUUUUCUCACCGAAAACUGCCGGUUGACGUGUAGUCGGGAUCCAUGUUCGCUUGACCGCUCUGAUCCAUGGUAAAGCUUCACCUUCGGGAAUUUUAAACAAGGAAACACCGGCUGUGUUUGUGUGUUUAAAGGCUAAAAGCUUCCCACCUCCAUCUUUCUACUUUGACUUGUCCAUUAUUAAUUAAACAAAUUGCAAAAGAUUUAGCAACACAGAUGUCCAGAACACUGUGUAAUUAUGCGUUUAAAGCAAACUACUUAAAGCUUGGAUCUGGCUGGAAAAUAAUGUCCGCUACAACCCGAGACGUGAAACGCACGCGUCAUCAUACGUGUCAUCAUACCGCAACGUUUUCAACAGAACACUUCGCGGGAAAUCUAAAAUUGCAAUUUAGUAAACUAAAAAGGCCGUAUUGGCAUGUGUUGCAAUGUUAAUAUUUUAUCAUUGAUAUAUAAACUAUCAGACUGCGUGGUCGGUAGUAGUAGGUUUCAGUAGGCCUUUAAUUAUGGCACCAGCACUGCUAAAACUUGCAUCUCGUCUUUUGACAUCACUCAAGUGAAAGACUCACCGAUGUGGAGUUGUGUUAUUGAUGAGGCAGGAGUGAAGUUCAAGUACAUCAGAAAGUUGCUUUGUCAAAAGUUGGUUAACUUGCUUGUUGCUGUGAAAGAUAGCGGCAAAAUUAUCCGCCAUGUUGUUAGCAUCCUUAACCCGGAAACAAAGACUUCAUUGUUGUUCACCACAAUAUGAUAUUAAAUAAUACAAUCUAAUAAUAAUAAGACUUAAUUUAACACUUAAUAAAAGGUCUGUAAUUCGCCAUACAAUAAAGCUGCGAUAUUUGAAAUGUAAUCUGGCGGGGGACGACUGUAAACGUGAAAAUAUUAAAAAACAUAUUUACUAGUGGUUGGUGCUUUGACUACUGUGAAUAAAUACAAAAACAUGCUAUAGUUAUGUGAUCAUUGGAGUGUAAGGAGUUUUGGAUUAUGUCAGGUUUUCAUGUCAACAUCUAGAAAUGAUAUCAGAUGUGAUGACAGAUUUGCUUGCAUUGCACAUAAUGGAGGAAAUAAAAGUCAUCAUCCAAAUCA